AACCCUUAGAUCCACAUGGAAAAAUAGGUUUUUCACUUUUCCCAUCUUCUUUCUCCCCAAUUUUUCGCCUCCAAAGUCUACCGUAAAACUCUACCGUUCAGGCCCUCUGUUUUGCUUCUAGCGGCUACUCACCUACACAAAACUUUUUGCAGUCUUGAAUCUAUUCUGUGCUGGUUGCAGCCACACGAACACAGGUAUGUGUGGCCUGCGGCCAGACUAGCUGUGCUGAUUUAAGCGUAGACAUAGAAGGAAUGCCACACAGGCUGUGAAGAACAGAGAAUGCUUAUUUCAAACAUCCUUCCGUCUCGAGCCCCUCUCACCAAUACUACUAAUCUCCGGCACCGUCUCUGCUACUCUUCUUAUUGUACAUCCACAGUAUUAAAGGUAAACCAACAGCAACGAGCCCUUCCAGAAGCACCAUUAAAGGAUACUCGACGACAACCACAGCGACAGCAGAGAAAAGAACUAUUCGGUGGCUCUGAGAACGCAAUCCAACGCGUAAUUGCCAUUAUAAAAUCAUGUUCAACGAAGGACCGCUUGCUCCAAAUCCACGCCCACAUCAUCAAUACAUUCCUCAUUCAAGAACACAGCAUCUCAGCCGAAUUCCUGUCAUUAGCAGCACUUUCACCAUUUCGAGACCUGAGUUACUCCCGCAAAUUUUUCUCUCAAAUAUCGGAACCCACUACUUCCCACUAUAAUAUAAUGAUAAGAGCCCACUCACGGAGUGAUUCACCAGACCAGGGCCUUUUCUUCUACAACCAAAUGAGAGAGCGAGGUGUCUGCCCAAACCCCUUGUCGUCUUCCUUUGCCCUUCAGUCAUGCACUCGAAUUUCGUUUCUUAAUGGUGGUAGACAGAUCCAUGCGCGGAUUUUGCGAGAUGGGCAUCAAUCCGAUCAUCUCCUGCUGACUACUUUGAUGGGUUUCUAUGCUACUUGUGAGAAUGGUCUUGAGGCCUGUCGAGUGUUCAACGAAAUGUCCCAUCCUGAUACUGUUGCUUGGAACGUUUUGAUUUCUUGCUACACUCGCAAUGGUCGCACCGGAGAUGCUUUGGGUCUCUUCAAUGUCAUGCAGAAUCCACCAUAUGGGUCUGAACCGGAUGAUGUCACUUGCCUUCUUCUCCUACAGGCGUGUGCACAUAUGGGUGCUUUGGAUUUUGGCGAGAAGAUUCAUAGUUACAUUAAUGAACAUGGUUAUGGAAAUGCUGUCCAUCUUCGAAAUUCUCUUAUUGCAAUGUACUCACGGUGCGGGUGUGUGGACAAGGCCUUCCAAGUGUUCCAGGGGAUGUCGGAGAGGAAUGUGGUUACCUGGAGUGCAAUGAUUUCUGGGAUGGCGAUGAAUGGUCAUGAAAGACAAGCCAUUCUAACAUUCGAAGAGAUGCAAAGAAAUGGAGUUCUCCCUGAUGACCAGACUUUUACUGGGGUCUUUUCUGCUUGUAGUCAUGGUGGUUUGGUUGAUCAAGGUCUGGAUAUCUUUGAUCGAAUGAGAACAGAAUUUGGUUUAGUGCCGAACAUCCAUCAUUACGGGUGCAUGGUCGAUCUCUUGGGUCGUGCAGGUUUGCUUGAUCAGGCCUACAACCUUAUAUGUUCAAUGCUGGUCAAACCAGAUGCAACAAUUUGGAGGACUCUAUUAGGGGCUUGCAGAAUCCAUGGCCAUUUUGAACUUGGAAAUCGUGUUAUCGAGCAUUUAAUCGAGUUGAAAGGGCAAGAAGCUGGGGAUUAUGUAUUGUUAUUAAAUAUUUAUGCUUCAUCUGGACUCUGGGAGAAGGUAGCAGAGAUGAGGAGGUUUAUGAAGGAGAAGGGAAUCCAAACCACACCUGGCAGCAGUACAAUUGAAUUGAAAGGAGAAGUCCAUGAGUUUGUGGUAGAUGAUAAUUCACAUCCAAGGAAGGUGGAGAUUUAUGAGAUGCUCGAUGAGAUAGGAAAGCAACUUAAGAUUGCAGGCUAUGUUGCUGAUAUGUCAGCUGAACUUCACAAUCUUGGCAUGGAAGAGAAGGGGAAUGCUUUGUCUUAUCACAGUGAGAAGCUGGCCAUUGCUUUUGGAGUUCUUGCAACUCCUCCUGGCACAACAAUCAGAGUGGCUAAGAACCUUCGAAUCUGUGUUGAUUGCCAUAAUUUUGCAAAGAUUCUUUCUGGAGUCUAUAACCGAGAGGUGAUAAUUAGAGACCGCAGCCGGUUCCACCAUUUCCGAGAAGGGUACUGCUCCUGUCAGGAUUAUUGGUAGCAGUCUUGCGGCAGGUUGGAGAGCAAGGCUUAGAAAUUUCUGGUGAAAUGAGCAUAUGACUAAUGAUACAGAAGACAAGACUCUAAAAUAUGGAUAAUCACUCUGUAGUAAAUGAUUUUAAGGUGGCACCAGGGAUCUGACAUACUUCUUGAUUGAUGACAAGGAAAAUUAGUAAUUCUGCAUGAGCUUGCCAGAUAAGGAUCUUAAGCGCCACCUAAAAGGAUUGUGCUUUCAAGUUUGGUCUAAUGAAGGUGGAAACAUUUGUGAAGCGUUCCAUGGAAGAAUCUUACUAGAAUGAGUUCAGAAACUGAUCUUCCAAAUUCAGCUUUCAUAGUGUCUACCUUGUCGGAACAUGUGUGCUGAUUAUGACUUCUUAUAUAAGUGUUAAACGAAAUGCCAUGUCCUUCAAAGUAAUUGUCCCAAAAGUUGGUACGACAGAAGCCUGAAACUUGCAUUUAUCUCUGGAGCAGCCAAGCUACACUUUCAUGUUCUGCACAUGUGCUUGAAUCACUCUCCCAACUGGUAAAAAUAUGAGGUGAAGAUGUCAAGUUCUGUCAUUGCUAUUUUUCUGCUGAAGUUGCUUCAUUGAAGAAGGGAGACAACAGUCAAAGGUAUGAAUCAUUAGGAGCAUCUAUACCACCAAGGGGGUUCUUUUGGUCCUCUACCACUCUUUGCUUGCACUGUUCCUGUCUUUAUGGUGCCUAAAUUACUGUAUUGAAAGCUUGACUGAGAGGUAACGAGAGCACUAUAUUUGAUCAUGUUGGUGUAAUCAUUGCCAUGGGUUCCUGGAAUUUCAAAAAAGCUGAACUUGUUGAGA